CGCCGCCUUCCUUACGUAAGCGAACUUUUUUCCAGAACACCGCAGCUAACCACCGCGCGCCCCUCGACCUCACAUAUCACGGGCAAUUCUUCCGCCCAACACCUCACCACCGCCGUCAAGAUGUCAGGAGCAAGGCAUUGGGAGCAGGACAAAGAAGCGACGGUGUACGUCGGCAACAUCGACGAGCGCGUCACGGACAGCCUUGUGUGGGAGCUCAUGCUGCAGGCUGGUCGCAUCGUGAACGUGCAUCUCCCCAAAGACCGGGUGACGCAGUCGCAUCAGGGAUAUGGGUUUGUAGAGUUUAUCAGCGAGGAGGACGCCGAGUACGCGGCGAGGGUUAUGAAUCAAGUGCGCUUGUACGGGAAGCCAAUUCGUGUGAACAAGGCCUCAGCAGACAAACAAAAACCCCUCGACGUAGGCGCAAACCUCUUCCUCGGCAACCUCUCCCCCCACCUCGACGAACACUCCCUCUACGACACCUUCUCGCGCUUCGGCCCUCUCCUCGCCCCCCCCAAGAUCGCUCGCGACCCCACCACCGCCCUCUCAAAAGGCUACGCCUUCCUAUCCUACGCCUCCUUCGACGCCGCCGACGACGCGGUGGCCAAUAUGCACGGCCAGACCUUGCUCGACCGCGCGAUUAGUGUGCAAUACGCGUAUAAGAAAGACGGCAAGGGAGAACGCCACGGCGACCCAGCGGAACGUAUGUUAGCCGCCCAGGCAAAGGCACACGGCGUCCUACCAGAAGCUCCGCCCGCACAAGCAAUGAUGGGCAUGCCCCCCUCCGCACCACCGGCCCUGGCACCGCAGCAGCAGCAACAGCAGCAUUUCGACCCCCAACAACAGCAGCAGAUGAUGCACCACGCGCCACCACCUCACCACGACCCCUACGCCCGCGGUCCACCACAAGGGUUCCCACCGCCUCCACAGCGUGUUAACGCGCCCCUCCCUCCGCCUCCAUCGGGGCUACCGCAAAGGCCACCGCCGAGUCAGGCGGGGUAUGGAGGGCCGGAGGGAUUCGGGGGGCCGCCGCCUGGAGCACCACCGCCUGGGUUUGGGGGGGCAGGAGGGAUGCCGCCUGGGUUUGGGGCACCGCCGGGAGCACCACCACCUGGGUUUGGAGGGCCGCCGGGUGCACCACCGCCUGGGUUCGGGGCGCCGCCGGGGAUGCCGCAGGGGUUUAGGAGGUAGAUUUAUUGUGGGAUGGAGAGAAGGGAGAGAGGAUGGGGGAUGGGAGUUUAUGGGUAUGGAUGUUGGAGGGCAUGGAUGGCGUUUUUUUUGCUAUAUGGAGGAGGAGUCGUGUAUACUAUCCAGCGUGUUUGCAUCAUCAGAUUUAUUUCGCAGAGGUCGAUUCGAUUCGGGGAGGGUGAAAUUGGGGAGGAAGGAAAGGGGAAGGGAGAGAGGGGUAGGCGUGAGGAUGUGUGAGAAUGUGGAUGGGGAAAUAGACCUGGAUGGAAUGGAUAAACCAUCCCCGUCACACCUAUCAUAUCAUUCCCCUCCGUGUCGUGCUGGUCCUGUGUUGUGAGUUUCAUCCCGUGCUGUUCACGAACCCCUUAACCCGCCACCGCCAC